UGUCAUGGUGGAAUAUAAAGACGGUAGUAUUCAUCAAGUACCUGCAGUGACGCUGGUCAAUUCAGGACAGGGUCAUUCUACCUAUGUCAAAGUUCUGCCAUCACAAAUUGGAGAUCUAGAUGUAUCGGUUAUGGCAAAGAUCGGUGACUUUUUCCAGACUAUCGCAUAUGACAAGGUUCAAAGAACAAUUCAAGUAAAGCCGAAUGGCGUGUACAAAACGAUGAACGAACAGCAUUUAGUGCAUGUGCAACAGUCAAGUUUCUCGAACACCUUUCGGCUUACCGAUCCACCAAACAUUGUCCGGGGCUCCAAGAAAUCAUCAAUGACGAUAUCAGGUGACUUUAUGGUCCCAAGCAUAGACGGUCUGAGCAGCCUUUUACAACAACCCUACGGGUGUGGUGAGCAAAAUAUGAUGAAUUUUGCACCCGAUGUAUACAUCACAAAAUAUCUUAAGGUCGUCGGCAAACUCACCAGUGAUAUUCAGAGAAAGGCAAAAGGACAAAUGGAAUUCGGGUACCAAAAUGAGAUGACCAAAGUUCACUACGAUGGAUCAUUUAGUGCUUUUGGAAACAGCGACAGUUCAGGCAGCACUUGGUUGACUGCUUUUGUCCUGAAAUGCUUCGGCCAAGCAAAGGAUCUAAUAACUAUUGACGACAACGUUAUGGGAAAAGCAAUGAUGUGGCUUCUCACCCAUCAGAUGGCAGAUGGUUCGUUUAGUGAACCCGGAAGAAUAAUACAUACCAACAUGCAGUCCGGAUCGGGUCACGGAGUCCCAAUGACAGCUUUUACUCUAGUGUCUCUCCUUGAAAACCAACAACUGCAUUUGAUACAGGGUAGAACAGUUGAUCAGGCAAUUAAAAAAAGUGUUCAAUACCUCGAGGCUAGGCUGAACACAUUACACGACGCCUAUUCUACCGCGGUAACCUGCUAUGCACUUGCUAAGGCCAAUAGCAGUCUGGCCAACUCCUGUUUUACAAAACUUCAGAACGCUGCAAGUCAUGACGCGUUGUCAGAGUUUUCGUCACGGUUUGCGUUAGGUCCGUCCACUACACCUGGAUAUGGAGUUCAUUUUCACGCGACUGGUUCUAAUUUUGCCCAUGAUUACGACGUCAGUUCACAAACGUAUGACGUCAGUCACAGAGUUGAGAUUCCUACAGGCGUUUCUCAGGUCGACGUCAACGUCUCGGGAUUAGGAGUGGCGGUUCUUGACGUCACGUCUGAGUACUACGUCCAGGGAUCGCAGACUGACAAUCAUAUUAAUGUGACAGUUGGCAUUAUACAUGAGACUCUUAACAGCAUCACGGUUAAAUCCUGUAUGAGGUGGACAGAUCCAAGCGAUAGUGGCAUGCUGCUUAUGGAGGUUGAAUUACCUACUGGUUUCAACCCUGAUGUGGACACACUGAAGGCCCAGGCUGCCAUCAAACAGUUUGAACAGCGAGGAAGAUACGUACCACUAUAUUUCGAUGGCUUACGAUCACAAGAACAGGUUUGUGUCAACGUGAAGAUUAACAGAGCUGAUCCAGUUGUCAGAAGUCAACCCUGCCACGUGAUCGCUUACGACUAUUACGAGCCCAGUUAG